AUGAAGGACAUCCCACCCCUUGCCAUUAGCAUCCCACCCCUGGCCAUUAGCAUCCCAACCCUGGCCAUUAGCAUCCCACCCCUGGCCAUUAGCAUCCUACCCCUGGCCAUUAGCAUCCCACCCCUGGCCAUUAGCAUCCCACCCCUGGCCAUUAGCAUCCCACCCCUGGCCAUUAGCAUCCCACCCCUGGCCAUUAGCAUCCUACCCCUGGCCAUUAGCAUCCCACCCCUGGCCAUUAGCAUCCUACCCCUGGCCAUUAGCAUCCCACCCCUGGCCAUUAGCAUCCAACCCCUGGCCAUUAGCAUCCUACCCCUGGCCAUUAGCAUCCUACCCCUGGCCAUUAGCAUCUCACCCCUGGCCAUUAGCAUCCCACCCCUGGCCAUUACCGACCUUCCCCUGGCCAUUAGCAUCCCAGCCCUGGCCAUUAGCAUCCCAGCCCUGGCCAUUAGCAUCCCACCCCUGGCCAUUAGCAUCCUAACCCUGGCCAUUAGCAUCCCACCCCUGGCCAUUAGCAUCCUACCCCUGGCCAUUAGCAUCCCACCCCUGGCCAUUAGCAUCCCACCCCUGGCCAUUAGCAUCCCAGCCCUGGCCAUUAGCAUCCCAGCCCUGGCCAUUAGCAUCCUACCCCUGGCCAUUAGCAUCCCACCCCUGGCCAUUAGCAUCCUACCCCUGGCCAUUAGCAUCCUACCCCUGGCCAUUAGCAUCCUACCCCUGGCCAUUAGCAUCCCACCCCUGGCCAUUAGCAUCCCACCCCUGGCCAUUAGCAUCCCACCCCUGGCCUUAAGCAUCCCACCCCUGGCCAUUAGCAUCCCACCCCUGGCCAUUAGCAUCCUAGCCCUGGCCAUUAGCCUCCCACCCCUGGCCAUUAGCAUCCUACCCCUGGCCAUUAGCAUCCCACCCCUGGCCAUUAGCAUCCCACCCCUGGCCAUUAGCAUCCUACCCCUGGCCAUUAGCAUCCCACCCCUUGCCAUUAGCAUCCCACCCCUGGCCAUUAGCAUCCCACCCCUGGCCAUUAGCAUCCCACCCCUGGCCAUUAGCAUUCCACCCCUGGCCAUUAGCAUCCCACCCCUGGCCAUUAGCAUCCCACCCCUGGCCAUUAGCAUCCCACCCCUGGCCAUUAGCAUUCCACCCCUGGCCAUUAGCAUCCCACCCCUGGCCAUUAGCAUCCCACCCUGGCCAUUAGCAUCCCACCCCUGGCCAUUAGCAUCCCACCCCUGGCCAUUAGCAUCCUACCCCUGGCCAUUGCUUUACGACGUAUGUUACCCUUCCGGCUCUCCCCCCAUUACAGACACACCGUAUAUAAUCACCGCCAAAAGAAACGCAAACCAUAUAAACAUAUAG